ACUAAGCAGACGAAGGAAGGAAGCUGAGACAAAACAAAACACCUAGGCCAUGGCAGAUGUUCUUCUGAUUCUUCGGGUAUUUCGGACCGUCAUCGGUGUAGUUGGCGUGCUGGGCAACUGCCUGGUCAUUGUGGUCAUAUAUAAGGUCCACUUCAUGCACACGAUGACCAAUGCCUUUAUCUGCCACCAGGCAGUCAUCGAUCUCUUAGGUUCGCUGCUGUUGGUGCUUCAAAAUAACAUUCCCGUGCCAGACCCGGUGCCGGCAACGACAGCCGGAGAGGUUUUAUGUCGGAUGUGGAUCGGGGAUGCCUUACUGUGGGUGAUGUUCGUCACCUCCACAUUCAGCCUUCUGGCCCUGACGCUGGAGCGGUACUUCGCUAUCGUGUACCCCUUCCGAUUCCAGGCCUUGUUCUCUAAGAAAUCCACUGUUGUGAUGAUGAUCGUUGUAUGGUUGAUGGGCCUAUUGCUCAAGUCCUACUCCUUCCUUAUUUACAGCGUGAUUGACGGCAGGUGCAAGUUUCUGCAGCUGGAAGCGUCCAAGGUGAUGGGGCCACUGCUCAUCUGCCUGCAGUAUUUCGUCCCCGCGAUCAUCAUGUUGUUCUGCUACACGCACAUCACCAUCACCCUGAAGCGGAGCGCCAAACAAAUCGCGCCGCUUACCACCACCAGCUACCAACACGGCGUGGAGGGCAGCCACAUCCAAGCGGUGACUGCUAUGGGGCAGGAGCGACAGCAACCACGGCUGGUCAACGAACAACAGGAGUCACUCCUUCGGGCCCGACGCAAUACCUUCAAGACUCUGUUUAUCGUCUUCGUGACCUUCCUGAUCUGUUGGUCACCCAGCCAGUUCACAUUCUUCAUGUUCAACGUGGGCUGGAUCAAGAUUGAUUUCGACGGGCCACUCAUGGUCACCAGUACCAUUUUGGUGGCCUCUAAUUGCUGUAUCAAUCCGAUCAUCUAUUCCUUCAAGUACAGGCAGUUUCGACGGGCAUUUCGCAUGGUGGUGGGCCGUCCUGACAGGCGUGAAGAUGGUAUACCGUCUGCAGUUACUGCGUCCACAGCCCAAACAAUGGUCACUACUCAAAAGCCGUUGUAA